AUGGACUUUGAUAUCAUACCUUAUGAGGACAUACAGUGGGGUCACAGAUUAGGAGCAGGUUCUUUCGGAUCAGUAUAUAAAGGUUCUUACCUUGGUAUCGAUAUUGCCAUUAAGGAGGUACUCCCUUCGACGGAAUAUGAUGUCCAUAAGUACUUUGAGAGGGAGUGGAGGAUUAUGAGAGAAUGUAGACAUCCUAACAUAGUGUUAUUUUUGGGAUUAUCAAAAGCUCCAGGGGGCGAUGACAGGGUGUUUAUCAUAUCCGAGUUCGUACCCCGCGGAAAUUUACGUCAAUACAUCUUAUCUUCCCACCCCUUCCCUUGGAGAUUGAGAUUAUCAUUCGCGACCGACGUAGCGAGAGCAGUGGCCUAUCUUCAUGCCAGGCAGUGUAUACACCGCGAUCUGAAAGGCGAGAAUCUAUUAAUCACAUCCAACGAAAGAGUGAAGGUCACAGACUUUGGAUUUGCUAGAAUUGCUUCCAGGAAUGCGGAUGAGAUGCGUAGGAUGACCUAUUGCGGUACUGAUGGGUAUAUGAGUCCAGAAAUUAUCAAUGGCUUGGAAUUUGAUUUACCAACUGAUGUGUUCAGUUUGGGGAUAAUAUUCAUUGAGAUCAUGUCUAGAAGAUUGGUUGAUUCGAAGACGUACACGCGCCAAGCACCUCAUUUCACUCCUGAUCCAUCCGAGGUGAUCCGCCGAGCUUCACCUGGCUGUCCUCCAGCUCUCAUUUCAUUGGCAUUAUCAUGUACUCAGGAAGACCCAAACCAUCGACCCAAGAUGCCAGAGGUGUUAACGAAAUUACGUGAGAUCGAGGUCGAGGUACUAUCUAAAUUGGAUGAUCCCACUUCCGAGCAUGUCGGGUCGAUAAGACUAGUUCACAGGGGCGGGAAGAGGGCGAUGCCGAUAUUUGACGGAGGCGAUCGAAAUGAUCAUCCAACCAAUAUGAAUCAAAUAGGGGAAGAAGAGAAAGAUAGGAAAGAUGAAGAGGAAGUAUUGAGGAAAUUGGCUGAGAUUCAUCUAGAUAUCUCUGGGAAAGGAGCUUUAUCAGGUUUAUCCAAUUCUUCGAGUAUAAGUGGAAAUGGAAAUGGGAGCGAUCAAUUGGAUGAUAAUGAGAAAUGGAGAACUGCCAGAUGGAAUGAUCUUGGUUUCACACCUAAUGAUAGUAUACUCACCUUCAAGACGGCAAGCAGCGAUGUCAAAGGUCAAGAGCCUCUAUUGGCUUCUUCAGAAAGUGGAUCGUCCUUUGGUUCAGCGAAAGAUAGUAACAGCAACGGUCAAGGAUGGUCGAGCUUCCUGGGAGCUGGGUCUGCUUCUGGCGAACCAGUACAGACAGCUUCUGUGCUUAGAGCUGCGACACCCGGUUCAACUUCAGAAAUCAAGACGGAUGAUGAAGAAGAGGAGAUGGGCUCGACGAUAACUAUCAAAGGGCACCCUACCCCGCCUGUCACCCAACAACCCAAACUGAAUCAUCCAGAAUCCACUCCUGUAAAGCCAACAGCUCGAGAAGUGGAUCAUGCUCUCGAUAUCAAAGACGAUAUCGCCACUGCUACUGUCGAUACUACGAUAUCGGAAAUUGAAAGUAUCCCUUCAUUACCUACUUCCAUCACUCCUAUCAAACGUAAAGACCAGAAACCUAAAUCACCUAUCAAGACCAGUGCGUUGGCCACGCAUAGAUUCACGUUGGUAGAUAAAGAUAGUGUACCUCUGAUUAAUGGUAAAAAGGCUUUAUCCUCAAAUUUCACAUCGACGUUCGCAUUCGCUUUCUUCCCUAGGGCACUGGCCCCUACCCCUUCACCAAGUAAGAAUGAUAACCUCGCUCCGGGUGGAGGUGGGAAGUGCGCGGUGUGCAUGAAGAAGAUGGGUGGUAGAGCGGGUUUACAAUGUGAUGAUUGUCAUCUGAUCGUGCAUGUCAAAUGUUCUCAUAAUGCACCUAGGAACUGUACAGGUGGAGAUGGCAAGAUCCACUAG